AUGGAUAAGACCGAAGGUCCGUUCCGCCUCAUAAAGCAUGCUAUGAUAUCGGGACGAUAUGAUACCGUCAUCGCCGGGCUCGUUCCUACUCUAAUGGAUGCGAUGCUACCUCCUGAUGAGGAGUGGUGGACAAGAGGCACUACCAUACGGAAGAAGAAGCUCUUGGUCUUCACUUGGGGUGAGGCCUGCCCUCAGUCACUCGUUGACAAAUGGAGUAGAGCAACUCUGAUCGAAUUGUUGGUGGCUACCGAGUAUUGGUUAUCUCUAUUCUGUAUACGAUCUGUAACAGUCCGUGGCUGUCGUCCUCCUCCCGUGCGGUACGCAACUGUCUCCGGGUGCGAUGUCAGCGCCAAACCUCUGAGUUCUACCGCGGAAGCUGGUACUAUGGUCAUGAGGGGUAGAAUGGUCACUCCUGGGUAUGUCACUGAACCUCUUCACACUGCGCCCAGCAUUGAGGAGAUACCCCUGGCAGUGGAUGGUAUGGUGGAAAGCAUUGCUACUUUCGAAACAGAGGACGUUAUUCGGUUCGUGAAGGACUCAGAGAACGGCGACUCUUCACCUAUGUAG